AUGAACAGAAAAAAGAAUAAUGCCAAAAUAUUGUGGAAAACACUUGUUUCCAGCAAAAUCACCUUAAUUGAAGAUGGAAAUCCUGCUCGUUACUGUCUGCAAAAAAGUACAGACAAUUUGGAUCAAUCUAAGUCAUACAGAAAAAUCACCUUUGGUGAAAGAGACAAAAAGAAACCUCAUAAAACCAUACUGAUGGUGGGAGAAACAGGCAGUGGAAAAACAACUCUCAUCAAUGCUAUGAUCAACUUCAUCUGUGGUGUUCAGAGAAAAGACAAAAUUUGGAUUAAGAUCACAGAUGAUCAGAGCGACAGAUCAUCAGCUCACAGUCAGACCUCCAUCAUUACUGUCUAUGAUGUUUAUAUACAAGAGACUUCAGUUGAUUUAACAAUCAUUGAUACACCAGGAUAUGGAGACACUCGUGGUAUCAGUCUUGAUAAAGAGAUUGUCAUGAAGUUGCAUAACUUAACCAAAUCUGCAGGUGGGGUUCAUAAAAUUGAUGCAGUGUGUUUUGUGAUUAUUGCCCAUCAAAAUCGACUCUCUGACAGACUUCAAUACAUAUUUGAUGCUGUUCAGUCUUUAUUUGGUAAAGAUAUUGCUGAAAACAUUGUUUUACUCUUCACACACUCAACUGGAGCUCGUCCUAAAAAUGCCCUGACAGCCGUCAAAGAAGCUAAAGUCAAGUGUGCUGUAGAUGAGAAGAAUCAGCCGAUCUAUUUUCUGUUUGACAACUGUCAGGGAGAAACUGAUGAAGAAGAACAAACAAUACAGGAUCAAUCAUGGGAUCUCAGUUUAAGAGGAUUUAAAGGUUUUUUCGAGUUUCUUGACAAGACACAGCCAAAAAUCUUACAGAAGACCCAGGAGGUUUUGCAAAACCGGGAGCAGUUUGAGAAAAAGAUCUCCAAUCUCAAGUCCCAUGUCAAAAGCAUAGAGGUAAAGCAAAAUGAGCUGAAACAGACUCAAGAAGCUCUGGUGGAACUCAGAAAAGAUGUCAAAGAAAAUAACAAUUUUGAGUAUAAAGUUGAAGUGUAUUACAAAGAAAGGGUUGAUAUUGAUCCUGCUCUAGCCUUUAAGGCGAUGUGCUGCACUGUCUGUGAGGAGAACUGUCACUAUCCUGGAUGCUGGUGGGUCAGUGAUCUCUCAUGGUGUAGUGUGAUGAAAAACAAUCAUUGCUUAGUGUGCACAAAUAAAUGCCACUACACUAAACAUGUCAAAGAAGCCAAAAUAUAUGUAACAAAGACAAUAGUUGAGACAAGGACUGAUCAAAACAAAAAAAGGGAAUCUGAAAAAAAAAUUCAAGACAGUUUGUCUUCAGUUAAAAAUCUGAAGACAGAACUAGAAAUAUUAGAAGAAGAGAAAAUCCAGCUGGUGAAUGAAGCUUUUGACUGUGUGGAUGGUCUGGAGACGAUCGCACUCAACACUGAAUCUCUGUUCACACUUCAGCACAUUGAUUUUCUGAUCGAGAGAUUGAAGGAAAUUAAUGAACCUGAAAAAGCUGAAGCUCUGGAAAACAUCAAGAAGAGAGCAGGAGAAGAAAAGAAAAAAGCACUUGCAUAUAUAGAAAAUAAACAAAAAUAA